AUGUCUGGAUACCCUCCUCCCGGUCAGCAGCCCUACUACGGCUCUCCUCCCCCUCCUCCCGGCCAGCAGGGCUACGGAAUGCCUCCUCCUGGCCAGCAGCCCAUGUACUAUCCUCCCCAGGGCCAGGCUCCCCCUCCCCAGGAGGAGAAGAAGGAUGACAAGGGCUGCCUUUACGGCUGCAUCGCCACUCUCUGCUGCUGUUGGCUCUGCGGAGAGACCUGCGAGUGCUGCCUGGAGUGCCUGACCUGCUGCUUCUAA